AUAAAUUAAAACCCCUCCUCAAAUCUCAAUGUACCCCCCCCCAAAUCAUAUUAUUUAGGGUUUUUUAUUUUAUUUUUCAUCACCUGCAACACUGUCCAAGUCCAAGACAAGAAGCACAUGUCAAAGACUCAAAUGGGCUCCGUUAAUGGCAGAUUUUCCAGUUUUUCAGGUCGGUAAACUGCAAACUGGACAGCUCCUGGCUUCUUUUUUAUUUUUAAUUUUAUGUUCUUCAACUUCAACUCCAGUAUUUUGGUUGCAUUUCUGAACUGAAAAUUGAGAAAACACAGAGGUGGUGGUGGUUCUAGAACCAGUGGCAGUAGGUAGACUUCUGAAUGGGUCAAAGUUUUUAUUUUUCUGCACAUUGUUGACUAAAUCUGAAUUGGGUUUGUUGAUAUUACAAGAAAUAGUGUGCCAGUUGCUUGUUGUGUUGCUUACUUCGAAGUAUGAGUUGGGUUUGAUCUGAAUGCAAGCAAGGAAUCUGAUUCUCUUGGUUUUUACAAAAAGGUGAGAAAGUGUAGGGUGUUUGGUUUCUGAGAAAAUCCUAGAAUUUGAUGGUGAAUUUAGUAUGCCACUACCCUAAAAUGUCUUGGAAUCAAGCUCAAAUCAGAGAAAGGACUUUGCUUUCCUCUCCAACGUCAUCAUCCUCUGGGGGUAAAAUUAGCCCAUCGGUUCUUUUUAUCAUAAUUGUUCUAGCUGUUAUAUUUUUCGUAUCCGGAAUCAUCCACCUGCUUGUUAGAUUUCUCACAAAGCAUAGAUCUUCAUCCAUAUCUGAAUCCAACAGAUACCCAGAAAUGCCUGGCUCUGAAGAUUUCCAGAGACAAUUACAGCAGCUCUUCCACCUUCACGAUUCCGGCUUAGAUCAAGCUUUCAUUGAUGCUCUCCCUGUGUUCCUUUACAAAGAGAUAAAGGGUUUGAAAGAACCAUUUGAUUGUCCAGUUUGUCUCUGUGAGUUUUGUGAGAAGGAUCAGCUGAGAUUGCUCCCAGCUUGCAGUCAUGCUUUUCACAUUGAUUGCAUCGACACAUGGUUGCUGUCUAAUUCGACUUGCCCUCUUUGUAGAGGAACCCUCUACACGCCAGGGGUUGCUAUCGAAAAUCCGGUUUUCGAUUUUGAUGAUCUGAUCGAACAAGAUGGUUCUUUGGGAAAUGGAGGAAAUGGGGUUGGUCAAAAGUCUGCAGAGAAUGAGAUUGCUGGUGAGAAGAAGUUGUUUUCUGUGAGACUAGGGAAAUUUAGAAGCACAAAUGAGGAGGGAGGUGGUGGUGGAGGAGGAGGAGGAGGAGGAGAGAGAGUAGAGGGAGAAACCAGCAGCAGCAAUUUGGAUGCAAGGAGAUGUUACUCCAUGGGAUCGUACCAAUAUGUGGUUGCAGAUUUGGAGUUGCAGGUGGCUUUGAGGCCCAAAAGGGCAGGUGAUAGUGUGAGGCUUGUGAGAGGGAGAGGUGGACAAAAUGGGAAUUCUACUAAUUACAGUGUUGGAGGUGGAGAUGCUGAAGGGAAGAAAAUUAACAGUGCAAGUAAAGGUGAAAGCUUUUCUGUGUCUAAGAUUUGGAUGUGGCCCAAGAAGGGUAAAUUUCCAAAUUCUGCAGAAACCCAUGUGGGUAAUUCCUCUGUUACUGUGGGUUUGCCAUGGAGUGAUAGGUCUCAGGGUGCAUGAUGAACUUUCUCACUGUAAUAUGUAUUUUUCUUUUCCAUAUAUCAAUAAUAUCUACUUUUACA